AUGCCUUGCAAGAGAAAGAAGCCGAUGAUCAUGUUGUCGUACAAAGACCUUGUACGACCACGCAUCAAGGGCAAACCCCCGCGGCAAGUCAAGAAAGGAGACCCUGAAUGGGAAGAUGGCAUCAAGUGUAUCAAGGCAUACCAUUCCCAAGCCACUGUUUUAUCUCCAGCCGACCGGCAAGAGAUGCGAGAGAUCAUACGGCGCCUCCGCUACGUUAUUUCUCCCUCGGCCAAACAUGCGCCAUCAUCGCACACACUCAUGAAGGCCCAUCAAAGGAACAUCAAGAAAGGGAACGCUCCGUCGUGGCCCAUUUUCAUUAUCCUCAAGACUCUGUACGGCAGUGCCUUGCCCAAGAAGUACAGAACAUGCAUUCGCAACACCUUUGGCACGACAGAGCUCGACGACCACACACAUGAGUAUUUUGCACUUGAUGGUGCAGAGCCUGCUGAGCCCGACGCUACUGAGGAGGAUUAUCCGAGGUCACCUUGGCAAGAUGGGAUCUUGGAUGACAAAGCCAAGAUCUCCAAAGAGACAAAGAAACGUGACGCAUCGGCGUUGGACAUUGAAGAUGGCAGUUCUUCCGCCAAUAAGCGUACAAAGGUGAGAGGCGCUGAAAGCCUCUCUUUGCCUAUGCAACUGGCGAACGCCGUCUCCGAACAACAGACUGCUAGAGAAGGAGGUUGUGAAGGCUCGAUUGGAAAACUCUGGGAGAUGAUUGACAACAAGUUUGAAGCGAUGCGGGCGGACUUUGAGCGACACGAGAAGGACAAGUUGGAGGUUCGAAAUAGGGAGCUUCAAGCGGUGAUGAUGGAAGCAGUCAAGUCUCAUGGAGAAUUUUUGUUGAGACUUGCGGAAAUUGCCUGGCAAAGGCCUGCUGCUCUUCAGGACGCUGACGUUUGA